UCUUACCUGAACUGUCCUCUAUACAGCUAAAAGGAUUCUCAGCUUCGAAUAUCGCGACCCCACGCUUACUUGUGCGGCAUAUGGAAGUGUACAGGGAAAAUCUUCAUUACGAUUGGCUUAUUUCAGAUAAGCCGCAAAAAGUGGUGCCACUCUCUACUACCGUUGAUUAGGAAUAGGCUGCUCGCAGGUUAGCCAACGUCUAAUGGAAUUUAAAGAAAAAUAUCCUCUUGCAUUAUCAUUAAAGUGACAUGCGGUAUUUAUAUUAAUCGUUCUUAUGAGUUUAUGCGAAUGUAGACGCUUGUAUUGUUCUAGCGUCAGAUAUUUAUGUUUGUAAUCGAUGAAAGUGAAACCUAAGAAUUAUGUGUCACUUAUGGAUAAAUAACAACGCAAUGUUAGUAAACGCGUUUUUAUAAUAUCAAUAUUUUAUGACUAUACGUAAUUUUAGUGUUUAGAUACGAUACAAGAUAUUGAUUUCAUUUACAAAAAUUAUAUUUUAUUUAUAUUAAACGUGAGAUUCUUGAAACAUUUUUUUAUACGAAACGUUUACAUUUGUAUCGUAUAAUUGGUUCCUUUACUAUAAAAUCUGACCAAUCAGCAUUUUUUGAUAUGAAACAUGAAUAAAUAGAAACAAUAACAUCCUGAAAAUAAUAGUUAAUUAUUGUUUAGUAUAUUGCAUCUGAUCGUUAAUUACUGAUUUGGUUAGUACAUUAUAACUGUAUUAUAUACUCACAUUCCAUUAUACGUAUUUUUUUCGAUUGCGUAUAUAGGGAGACCUUUGAUUGGUCUAUAUUUUAUUAUAUUUUCGAUAAUAAAAAAUAUAUCGAUGAUAUCGAUAUCAAAUUCGAUAUCUCGUUAGCGUCAUCAAAGUUUGACCAUUGGUAAUUACUGCCGGAACACAAACAAUAAUUAAACCUUUAAAUAACAGUAUCGUACUGCUUUAUUUACAAAUAUUUGUAUUGAUUAAUUUUUUGCUACUCCUGAUUCGUAUAUUAUUUAUAUCAUGGAUAGUAAAUAUUCUGAUGCUGUAUAUACAUGGUUUGAAAGAUGUGGUAUUAUAUCAAAUAUAAGAACACAUCUUCGAAAAAAUUUAGUAAAUGCUUUAAAGUACAAAGAUUUAUCUUUAAAGGAUUACUGUAGUAAACCGAAACCAGCGAAACAAUAUGUUUUUGACUUUCUUGUAGCAGAGUAUUUAUUUAAUGUUAAUUAUGCUUAUACUUUAUCAGUAUUUGCUAGCGAAGCUCCACUUUUAAUACAGUUCGAUAAUCAAAUACCUGAUAGUUACGAUGAUAAAAAACAACAUAGUAAACAAAAAUUACAAAAGGAUUAUAUAUAUCAUACAUUAGAGACUUUAGGAAUUAGACCAAGUGAUCCUGAAGGACAGUAUAUUAUGUCAGAAUAUAUAAAUAAUGAUGCACCAUUACUUUUAUGUAUAUUAAAAUGUAUAUCAUUUUGUUCAUUGGAUUUAAACAAAAUUCAAAGUUUUAAAAAAGCCACGUCAAUGAGUACGAAAGAAACGCAAACAGAUACUUUUUUCCAACCAAGUACGGAUAUAGAAAGAUUAAGGUCUAUAAAAAAGAAAAUAUUAAGGCAAAAACAAAUUUUUGAUGCUCAAUUAAAGGAAAAAGAACUUGGAUUAAAAAAUCGUGCUCUUAUUAUUGAAGAGCAACUUAUUUCUUUGAAUGGAAAACUAGAAAAAGCACAGGAACUAAUGUAUAUGGUUACUUUAAAAGAACAACAAUUAAAAGAAAAAAAACAGAAAGAAGAGCAAGAUUUGUUUCAAAAAGAAAUUGAAUUAUCUUUUAAACACAAUGCAUUAUUAUUAGAAAAUGAAAGAUUUAAAAAAAAACAAGAUAUGUAUAAAAAUUAUGAACGUGACUUGGAAAAAUUGCAAGAAGAACUUGCUAUAACAAAGAAAGGCUUUUCUUCUAAUUAUGAGUUAAGGGAUACAGGAAUACAAACAAGUUCUAGUAAUGAUUUGGGUGAUAAAAAUAAAGAUGUACAAUUUAAUGAAGAGAAGAAAGAAUUAGUUAAACUUUUACAUGGUCAGCAAUUAAAGAUAGAUGAAUUAACGCAGUAUGCGAUUCAUCUAUCCCGUAGAUUAGAAGAAAUUCAUCAGUCAAGGUCUAUAUUAAUCGAAGAUACUGUAAUACCAAAGAAAACUGUAUAUACUAAUACUAUUGUCAGUGAAAGCAGUUCCACUGAGGAUAUUUUGCAAGACGCUAAAUUACGUCUGAAACGUUUAGAAGAAGAAAGUAUAAAAGCUGAUAGGUUUUACUAUAAUUGUAUUGCUACUUAAUUAUAAUAUAUAUUAUACACAUUUUAGAUUGUA